CGGCAGCAGCGGCGGGCGGAGGACUGUGUGGAUAUCAACACAGACAAGUUAUGGCAAAUGAGAGGCGGACAGAGGGGGGUGUGCCCUGCCUUAGCAGCCGGAAACGAGCUCCCAAAGUGCCCGGUUGCAGCUCAGCCUCAUCAGAGAGCCGAUGUGCACGCACGGGGGGACGGUCAUCACACCUCGCACGGGGGGAAAAACGGAGACGGUGGGUCGCUGGAGGAGGAGGCGCUGAACCGGGUGCAGGAGGAGAGUUUGCUCAUCGACUCCGACACCGGGUUGGAUGCGCGUCUGGGCAAGAAGAGACACCGGCGCAGCAAGACCUCCAAGAAGAAGCGCAACUGGAAGCCUUAUUACAAACUUUCCUGGGAGGAGAGGAAAGCGCUGGAGGAGAAGGAGACCGCCAGGGCUUCCCGGGUGAGGGAGGAGAUGUUCGCCAAAGGGCUCCCGGUGGCGCCCUACAACACCACCCAGUUCCUGAUGGACGAGCACGACCGGGAGGAGCCGGACCUCAACACCGAGAGCGGGGUCCGGAGACCCUCCGGGGUCGGGGGCCGCAUGGAGGACACGGGCAGCGAGGAGGAGCUGUGCGACAACGAGGUGACCGACGACGACGACGGCAGCGGCGGAGGCAGCGACGGGAUCGGGAGGCCCGGGAACGCAGGUGGGGAGUUUCUCCAGAGAGACUUUUCCGAGACCUACGAGAUGUACCACGUCGAGAGCCUGCAGAACAUGACCAAGCAGGAGCUGGUGCAGGAGUACCUGGAGCUGGAGAAGUGCAUGUCCCGGCUGGAGGAGGAGAACAACCGGCUGAGGCUCGCCGUGGAGCCCGGGGGUCCCACCGUGGAGGGCUCCCUGGUCCGGCUCGGGGAGCUGGAGAGGGAGCUGGAGAGACUCAGGGCCCAAAACACGGAGCUGCUCCUGCAGAACCAGCCCGGCACGGACCGGAGCCCGGUGACCAGCAAUUAAAGGACAAUUUAAAGUAGAAAAACAAAAACAAAAAGGUAAAACAUGGGACUGCUGCGUUUUUUUAAAUUGUCAUCAGUUUUCUGUAAUCAGUUUGUCUCAAUGCAAUACUUGUUUCUUUUUCUAUUCGGACUGUAAAAGGUUGUCCUGUUCAAUUUAUUUUAUUUUUAUUUUAUUUUUUCCCAAGAAAGAAAUGUAAAUAUUUCAAAAGUAAGAUUCUUUUUAUAAAGAGAAAGUAUUUGACAACACGA